UAAUAAUGAAUUUGCUAAGACAUUUCUUGAAAGAAAAUAUUCCCAGCUUUGUAAACUACACCUCAUUUUCAUCAUUACCCCAUUAGCCAUGGGGUACCAGAGGAUCCAGCCACUAAAGUUAGAUUCAGGAUAACGCAGAGCUGCUUCAAUGUACCAUUAUUCCCUCAGUGUAGCUAUUUUUCCCUUCUGGAAAAAAAACCACAGUCUUAAUCCUCCAAGAGAGGGUGAUGGAUCUGCGGUGCCUGUAAGAGCCGUAGGUGCUGCGCUGUCCGUGACACGUGAGCGUCGGAGGCGCUGAGGAGAAAGAGCCGAACCCCCGGAGCCCGGGUUCCCAGCCCGUGUCCCUGCGGGAGCUGUCCCGGUCCCGGUCCCGGCCCGUGUCCCUGGGGGAGCUGUCCCGGUUCCCGCCCGUGUCCCGGGGGGCGCUGUCCCGGUUCCCGCCCGUGUCCCUGGGGGAGCUGUCCCGGUCCCGGCCCGUGUCCCGGUGGGCGCUGUCCCGGUCCCGGCCCGUGUCCCGGGGGGCGCUGUCCCGGUCCCCGCCCGUGUCCCGGUGGGCGCUGUCCCGGUCCCGGCCCGUGUCCCGGUGGGCGCUGUCCCGGUCCCGGCCCGUGUCCCGGGGGGCGCUGUCCCGGUCCCGGCCCGUGUCCCGGGGGGCGCUGUCCCGGUCCCGGCCCCGCUCCGCUAGGGGGCGGUGCCGCCGUCCGCGCGCCGAGCGCCCGCCAAGAUGGCGGCGUGUGGGACGGCGGGGGCCGCGGGUGGAGGGGCCGCGGGUGGAGGGGCCGCGGGUGGAGGUCCCGGCCGGGCGGGGGUCGGGGCGGGCCCGGCCCCGGGACGGGGAUCGGGGCGAGCAGGGGUCGGGACGGUCCUGGUGGCCGCGUUGGCCGUGCUCGGCUCCCUGCAGGUGGCCCGCGGCGCCGGGAGCUCCCCCGGCGAGCCCCUGCUGCAGCCCUACCCCCCCGGGCAGCACGGCCCUCGGCACAGCCACCGCCACGUCAGGGACUGCCAGCCCCUCAAGCACGGAAACGUCACCCACGAAGCGUGGCCCGGCGACAACAGCACGGGCGGCCCGGUGGCUGUCACCAGGACGUUUGUCUCCUACAUCCACCCGGAGGGCAGCGACCGCAAGGUCAUCUACGGCCACUUCACCUUCGUGAGGAACCCCCUGAGGACCUUCUCCGUGCUGGAGCCCGGCGGUGCCGGCGGCUGCCUGGCUCAACGCAGAGCCCCCGUGGAGGAGACUGCAAAGCUCAGGAAGUGUCUGGUGGCCCAGAACGGCGGGUACUUUAACAUGGAAACUGGAGAGUGCCUUGGGAAUGUUGUGAGCGACGGGAGGCUGGUGAGAGACUCUGGAGGCAUACAAAACGCUCAGUUUGGCAUCCGGAAAGAUGGCACCAUGGUGUUCGGCUACCUGUCUGAGGAGGAUGUCCUGGAUCAGUCCAACCCUUUUGUGCAGCUCGUGAGCGGGGUGGUUUGGCUGCUGAGGAAUGGAGAGGUGUACGUCAACCAAAGCCGGGCGGCCGAGUGCGGUGACACUCAGACCACAGGAACCUUCGACAGGUUCAUCAAUGUGAUCUCAGCCAGGACUGCGGUGGGACACGACCGUCAGGGCCGCCUGGUGCUGGUUCAUGUGGAUGGACAGACAGAGUCCAGAGGGGUCAACCUGUGGGAAAUGGCAGAAUUCCUGAAGCAGCAGGGGGUCAUCAAUGCUAUCAACCUGGAUGGUGGAGGCUCUGCCACGCUGGUCCUGAACGGGACCCUGGCCAACUACCCCUCUGAGCACUGCUCCUUUGACAGCAUGUGGCGCUGUCCCCGGAGCAUCUCCACCGUGGUGUGCGUGCACGAGCCGGGCUGUGACCCGCCUGACUGCAGUGGCCACGGGCUCUGCGUGGCCGGGCGCUGCCACUGCGACGGCCCCUUCUGGGCGGGUCCCGCCUGUGACACCUUGGACUGCGGCCCUGCCAACUGCAGCCUGCGCGGCGUCUGCAGCGCCGCUGGAUGCCUCUGUGACGCCGGCUGGACUGGCAGCAACUGCACUGAAGCUUGUGCUCCUGGCUCCUUCGGGGAAUCCUGCGGGCAGAAGUGCCGGUGCCAGCACGGCAGCUCCUGUGACCCCGUGCACGGAGCCUGUUCCUGCCCUGCCGGCUUCUACGGCACCAGCUGUGAGCAUGAGUGUCCCCUGGGCUGGUUUGGGCCGAGCUGCCAGAGCCGCUGUGCGUGUGACCACUCGUGUCCCUGUGACCCCGAGACGGGCAGCUGCAACAUCACCCACCACGGGGCGCUGCAGGACCACUUGCACAGAGCUGGACAGUGUUUGGCUUUCCAGGAAAAGAGCAAUGACAAGUUCUCUCUGUCAGAGAGCUCGUGGCUCUCCCUGAGCUCUGCCCUGGCCCUGCUGCUUGUGCUGAGCGCCCUGGGGAACGUGGGGCUGGUGCUGCAGGGGCGGCGGCAGCCACGGGACCGGGACUAUCGCUACCACCCCCUGAGGGACAUCAACGGGGACACCCCUCACAGCCCCACCUCUGCUGCCUGGGAACACGAGGAUAUUCAGGAGCCUGAGGACACUCAGGACCCAAACCAAGAGUUCCUUUAGAAUCGUGGAUGGGACGAGGUAUUUCACCCUGCAUUGCCCCUCAGUACCGACUGGGACUGGGGCUAUUCCCAUUGGGAGCCUCAGACUGCUGCCUGAGGAACCUCAGCCCAGGAACUGCCCUGUUGAGGCUGUGGUUUCCUUUCCUCUGCUGCCCCAGCACCCAGGACUGCAGCAUUAGGGGAUGCAGGACAUCCCUGGGGUGAGGGAAUUCCACAGCUGCAGCAUGAAAGGAGAUGGGCUGGUUCCUUCCAGAACUUGAGGGAAACAGGUGAGGGAUGCAAGUCACAGGCACCCCUGAAAGAUCCUGCUCACCUGAGCAGUGCUUUUUAAGAUGCUGGUUAAACUGCCUCUGGUACAAAGCCGGCUUAAAGGUAUUAGUCAGUGUCUGCCCUUCCUUGCUAAGCUCAGAUUUUAAUCAGAAAAGUGACCAAAAGUUUGUUCUAAAAUGUUGAAGCAGGUGCAGCAGCCAGUGCCAGCAGAGCCCUCCUCUCCCGGCCGUGGUGGUGGCUCAGGGGUUGUGACACACAGGGUUGUGACAGCCCCUGCAGGGCUGGAGUGUUUUCUGACCAAUCCUCAGGCCAGAGCAGCCCCAGAGGGUGACGAGUGCUGUGUUUUGGGGCAGCUCCUGCAGCACAGCACCAAAAAAAGCCCUCUUGGGUCCCAGGUUCCAUUUGUGCAUCUCUCCAGCUCCCAGGAGCCACAGGCUCUGCCCAGCUUAGAGGACUGAGGGACCCUGCCACUGGCACAGACAGGGACAGCCUGGCAUGGCACGGACUGGGCUGUCCUGCCCCCGCUGGGCACUCCUCAGAGGGACCAGCAAGGGCUCCAGCCCGGAUCCCGAGCACCUCCUCUGGAAAUCUGGAGCAGAUCCUUGCACAGUCCAUUCAAACAGUGUUGGAGUUUGCUUCCCCAUGAGGGAAACCAGCCUUGGAUGAGCUCCUUGGAUGCUGCAGAGGGGUGAGAGCCUGUCUGAGCCCCACACAUCUUUAUGCACUCACUCCCUUUUUACCUCUCCAACUAAAGGAUGUGUAUUUUCUGUGCCAGCGUUGGCACCAAAUCAGCCUGUAACCAAGAGACUCUAUUUUUCUAUGAUUUUCAGAAGUUUAUUUGAAACUUGAAUAAAGUCUUGAAUAAAGCGC